AUGCUAGAGCGGCGGACAGCAGAGGUAAGCAGCAGAACCUUGGAUCAGUGUCAGGAGGCGAACAUCUCUGCCACCCCUCCUUUGUACAUCGUUGGUUCCUUCAACGACUGGAGCGCUGAUGCGGAGCUGAUGCAGGGGGGAAGAGCUGCAGUGACAAUCCGAUCGAGUGCGCCCAUGGGUAGCAGCAAAGGUAUGCAGAAGGAAGAGUUCCAAAUUCUGGAAGACGGCAGCUGGGACAAGCGCCUCUUCCCCGCGGGCGGCAAUUCUGAAACCGUGGUGGUGCUUAAGCCGGGGAGGUUCUCGCAGGCGGAGCGGAGCUCGGCUGAGAAUCCCGGUCGCUGGGCGGUCGAGGGCAAGCCUGGGGCAAGCUUCCGCAUCGUCUAUAAGACAGCUAGCGGAAACGUCACCUGCGAGCGCGCUUGA